UGUCUCGCGCUUCCUGCCGCUGCGGGACGAUGCUUCCCGCGCUUCUGCUGGCGCUUGCCGCGCCGUGCGCCGCGUCUUCCCGGCCCGCCUUCCACGUGUCCGAGGACGCCUACCUGAACACGCCGGAGCGCGUGCAGAAGUAUGGCUAUCCGGUGGAGGAGCACUGGGUGACGGGCGAGACGGGCUACGUGAUGCGCGUGUUCCGGGUGCCCCGCGGGCGCCCGCAGUCGCAAACGCAGGCCCAGCCAACAGACGCUGCUCGGCCCGCCAUCUACCUGCAGCACGGCGUCGUCGCCAGCUCCGACAUCUGGCUGCUGCUCGGUGAAAAGUCCUUUCCUUUCGUGCUGGCGGACGCUGGCUAUGAUGUGUGGCUGGGCAACGCCCGUGGCAACGUGUACUCCACCAACCACACGAGGCUGGACCCCAACAGCGAGGAGUUCUGGCAGUUCAGCUGGCACGAAAGCGGGAUGGAGGACCUGCCGGCGGUGGUGGACUACGUGCUGCAGCAGGCGCGCCGGCCGCAGCUGGUGUACGUGGGGCACUCGAUGGGCGGCACCAUGUUCUACGUGCUGGCCUCGCUGCGUCCCGAGUACAGCCGCAAGGUGCGCGCCGCGUUCCUGCUGGCGCCUGCCGUCUUCAUGGCAGACCUCUACAGCCCGCCGCUGCGCGCCGCCGCGCCUGUGGCGCAGUCCAUCGCCGUGGCGUCUAGGGCGCUGCUGAAAGGGCGCACGCCGCCGCUCAGCCUGCCGGUGAACCACCCGGCCACGCUGCUGCCCGCCGUCGUCGCCUACUCCGUGCUGGCCGGCUUCAGCGACCUCGAGGACGAUCACCUGACGAUGGCGGUCUACCUGACGCACGUUUCUCAGGGCGGCUCACUCAGGCAGGUGGUCCACUUCGCACAGGAGAUCCUCAGCGGUCACUUCCGUCAAUUCGACUAUGGCCGCGCGGGAAACAUGCGGCGCUACGGUCGCGCUACACCACCGGACUACCCGCUGGAGAAAGUCGCCAUCCCACACAUGGUCAUGUAUGGCGAUGACGACUGGUACGUCUCCAUGCAAGACGUGAAACGCCUGCAAGACGCUCUACCCAAAAACAUCGUGGAGAUGUACAGGGUGCCCGAGGUCGGCUUCACACACAUGGACUUCAUGUGGGGCCGCAACGCCAGAAGACUGAUCUACGACAAGAUCUUGGCUUCGAUUGUCAACACGGAGCCACCGCUUGACGAGAGGUCUCUGCGGAAGCGACGAAGCAAACUCUCCUGCGCAGGAGGAAAAAGGCGGGACUGAAGACUCAUCGCGUGGGAAGACGUAGACACUUGCCUGCUGAAGAGGAUACAUACUCUUUGUGUUAUAUCUACCUCAUCUCACCUUACUGUGAUGGAAAUACGUACACACUUACGUGCUGAAGCGGAUACAUACUCAAAGUGCUAUAUCUACCUCAUCUGACGAAAGAGCUUCAGAUCGCUAGGCAUGACUGCAUAACCAGCUCGACAAGGCGAUCUGUAGCGAUGGUCGCUUGUACAUUGGUACUAUUAAGAAAUAUGGCAUGGCAGCACUAUACUACCGCCUACUUUAGACCACAGAGUAACAGUUAAAAUCUUGAAACUUCCUGGCAGAUUAAAACUGUGUGCCGGACCGAGAUACGAACUCGGGACCUUUGCCUUUCGCGG